GUGAGAUCGUCGUUCGUUCAAUGAGCAUUGGCAAUUUGGCAUUAAUACUAAUCAUAUUUCAACAGCGGGACAGCGCAAAGGAAUUGUACAAUAGAAGAUGAAAAGUUCAAGAUUAUUCCCAAGCCAUUUGGAACGGUUUAAAAUGAGACUGAUUGUUUUACUUUGCCUGCCUUUAUGUGCUUUAGCAGUCACAGAGUUGGCCAAAGAAUGGGAUUUUCUUUUGUUUGCCCAGUUUUGGCCAUCUUCAUCGUGCAUUUAUUUUGAACAUUCUGGUUGUGUUGUACCUGAGCAGGUUAAUGGCUGGACAAUACAUGGACUAUGGCCUUCAAUACCUGGCAGCUCAUCCCAGCCAGAGUUUUGUAACAACAGUAUGAAGUUUGAUGAGAAACAAAUUGAGGUGCUGAGACCCCAGUUAAAUGUGCAAUGGCCUUAUUACAACAAAAGUGGAGACCCAACUGAACUGUGGGAGCAUGAAUGGGAUAAACAUGGCACCUGUGCUUACAGCUUGCCCAUACUUAAAGGAGAGCUCAAGUAUUUCAAUCAAACUUUAGGAGUUCAUUCAGGGAUCAAUUUGCUGGAAAUUUUACAGAAGGCUAAUAUAGUUCCUUCAACAAGCGACACUUACCUGCCUCAAGAUAUCUAUAACGCUGUUUACUCAGGAGUUCAGUUAAUUCCAAACAUUGUUUGUAUGUAUAAUAAAGAGGAUAAGCAGCACUACUUGUCAGAGAUCUGGCUGUGUUUGAAUAAAGAUUUGACUGGGAGAAACUGUACAGAGGCCAACACAACUGAGCAGCACUUGAUGAGAAAACUUGGGAGCUCACACAAAGUUUUAAAGUUCAAGCCUGAAAGACAGUCUGGUUCCCAUCCAACUGCUGAUGUCACUAGCUAUUUCAAAGACUGCCCAAAUAAUACAGGGGUUUAUUAUACACCCAUCCCCCGUAACUAAGGUUCUUCAGCUGUUUAAUAACAGAGGGAAAAGUUUUUACUUGUAAAAUGGUAAAGGGAGACAGAUUUAAAAAAUUCAACUUUCAUUCAUUAGUCCUGUAAUCCACCAAGAUGAUCACAAUGUUCACCAGUGUUUCUUCCAGACUUUU